UUAUCAACAACAAUAGAAUUUUGCUUUGCCGCCAUCAGCUGUUGUUUCGCCAAGAGUCCGCUUUUAAACAAUUUCGCAACAUUUUAAAUUUAGAGGUACUUAUAGAAAUAAUGGCAAGCACAAGCUCGUCGAGCACUACAACACAUUGGAAUCCGAAUUAUGAUGUUCUUAUCAGUGACAGCGAGGACGAUGAUGAUGAGACCAAACCAAAUUAUAAAGGGCGCGAGGCACUGAUUUUCGUGCUUGACGCCAAUCUCUAUGAGGAAUACGAACGGUUUUCAGAAGCAUUGGAUAUUGUACGCAAGGCCCUAAUUUCGGGAUUGCUGGUGAAUAGCAAGGACCUAAUUGGCAUCGUAUUUGCAAAUACAGCGAAGAAUACAGAUCCUUACGAGGCAAGUAGUUUGGAUAAUAUUGUAGUACCGCAGAAUUGUGCUGUGUUCUUGCCGCUCCGUGAGCUGUCCAAGUCGAUAGUAGAACAUUAUUUGCGCUUUAUGGAGACUGUUGAGCAGGAAUUUGGCGCCGAUUAUGGUAUAGUGGGAAAUGGUGGAAAUAGUGACUUUUCUGCAAUGCUGCGUCUGUGCAUAAACCUUUUCGAAAACGCAGGAUAUAAUCUGGUUUCGUCUACUUUGGUAUACCUAACUGAUAGAGCAACACCGCAUCCAAAAACAUCGAAUUUAUAUCAACGAGCUUUACAAAAAGCAAAGGACUUGGAGGGAAAAGAGAUUGAAUUUCAAGUUGUUCCUAUGAUAGACGAAUUCGAUUACGAGCCAUUUUAUAAAGAGUUUCUAACAUUGGUUGAAGAUGGUGAUAUUGACGCCUUUGAGCCUCGAAAUCCUGAAGAGUUGCGGGUAUUGCUUUCCGAUCGCAAAUUACGUCAAAAUGUUUUGCGGCGUUCGCUUGGACGCUUUAAUUUAUCGUUAGGACCAGAUUUGUUGGUAUCGGUUCAAUACUAUAACUAUUUCAAAGCUCGGUUUAUGCCGCGAAAAGUACGCCUACUAAGAAAAGACAACUCCAUUGUACAACAGAAGCGUGUCAUUAUGGUGCGAAAGCAAUCUCAGGAAACUAUGGACAUUGUAGAGGAACAACAAGUUAAACAGAGUGGUGGCUGGUAUGAAAUUAACUUAGGAGAAAUGUCAAUACGUAUUACACCCGAACAAAUAAAUCGUGUGCGUAAUUUGCAUGCUCCGGGUAUGAUGCUGCUAGGUUUCAAACCAAUUUCUGAUUUGCCAGAAAAUUGGUACUAUAAGCCACAAAAUUUUAUGUAUCCGGACGAUAAAAACAUCAGUGGCUCGAAACGCUUAUUUCGCGCUUUAUGGGAAAGAUGCUUGAUACGAGAAAAAAUGGCGAUUUGUUUAUUUAUGCGCAAAAGAAAAUCUAUUCCACGAUACGUUGCGUUGGUUCCUGUCGAAGCAGGUGACUCUGAGGGAAAUACAUCCCGUGCGCUACUUUCGGGGGAUGGUUUUAAAAUUAUUUAUUUACCCUUUGCCAAACACAUACGAGAUAUUGACUUUGCCAACUGGAAUAGUAUGCAGAAUGAAGCUCCCGAAGAAGGUGUUCAAGUUUUCACGAAAGUGGUUGGCAAAUUGCGUACGGAGUUCCAAUCCAAUUCGCUUGUCGACCCAACUGUGGAGGCAUUACAAUCGAAUAUACUUGCUCUGGCGUUGGACAUAAAAACAGAUAAUGCUGGUUUAAGUGGAAUGCCGGAUACAAAGCGUCAAGAUGAGCGGAUUGCCAAAAUACUGCCGAGACUAAACGAAAUAUUUGGCGAAGAUGCGGAAGUUGUAAAAAAACGUGGAGCUGCUGAUUCAUCGGGUGGCAAUGCGCCUAAGGUACCCAAAGUGGAUGUGGACCAUUUGAAGGAUAUUAUUUAUAUUAAGCAGUUAGCAAAUAAUGACACGCUAAGUAGUUGCACUAUUGCCCAGCUGCGUGAUAUUUUAAAAUCACAUUUCGAUGUAAAGGCGCCCUCGCAUUGGAAGAAACAGGAUUUAAUUGAACGUGUUAAGAACCUAAUAGUUUAAAUAAUAACGUUAAAUACGAUUGUUAAAACUCAUUUCCAGUUAUUUAUAUAUUUUUGAAUACACAAUACAA